ACAAUAUACAAGAGUAAGAAGAUAAAGUAUAUUGCACAAGGAAAUCACAAUGAACAGCAAGGUUACUCUCAUCACCCUUACUCUCUUUGUACUUUAUGUGGCUGCCACACAAGCUGCAUCCAUUGGAAGAACAGGAAUGAACCUGCGCUGUCAGUGUAUCAAAACAGCUUCAAACUUCAUCCAUCCGCAGUUCAUGGAGAAUAUUGAAAUCAUUCCAAGUGGGCCCCACUGUGAAAACGUGGAGAUUAUUGUCACUCUUCAAAGCAGUGAUCGGGUUUGUCUGAAUCCCAAGUCCCCCUGGGUGAACAAAGUUAUUAACAGAAUAAUGAGUCGUUCCAAGAAGACUAAAGAUCAAUGAAGAUAACGUCACUGCACAAUGCUGAAGAAGCUGACAAAUACCAUUCCAAGGACUCUGUCGAACUUAAGGCUUCAUAUUUGCUUACCAUCUUGUUCAGAAUUUCCAAGAUCACAACAGCCAGUGUUUGUAUAACUGUCUGAAGUCAGCAUUCAAUAUUUAUGUAUUUAUUUAUUUAACAAUGUUUGCACUUGAGAAUGAAACAGGUUUUUUCUGUUUAUUGUAUCUGAUUGACAGAAUCUUGUAGACUGCAGAUCAUUUGGACAUGUGAUUUCCAUGUGAUAAAUAGCAGCAUUUGUUGCAUAAAUAAUUAUAUUGACAAAUUGAUGGUAGAUUGUCAGUUGGCAGCACUACAUCAGUUUCUCAGGUUGCACUGUAUUAUUAUCAGUGGAAAAUUAAGUUUACAACAUUCCUUUGUUAUCAUAUUCUUUCAGAUUUGUGGUCACAUUAAGAUGUUGCAGGACACAGUCAUGUAGAGGGAAUUUAUUUAUCACUGUGAUCUAUUGUCAGGAUUGUGAUUCUGAGCAGCUCAAUUAUUAAUUACAAACCACCAUUUUAAUUUAUACACUUCAAUAUUUAUGAGCACUCAAUUUUCUAUUAAACUAUUUUACUUAUAUCUAUUAUGUGCAGAGAAUAAAUCUUAAUGUUAUCAAAACUGAAUUUUUCCUGAUUAAUUUAAAUUUUUCAA